AGAGCAAAAGAGACACACAGUGGGGACACGUUGGGAUUGAAUCGGGCCCAGGUUAUAUAUAUAUAUCGUUAAACUACAUUUCACAGUGGCGGUGCGGAAUAAAAUUAAGCACGGUGUAGCUGCUAGGGUCCAGAGGAGAUGCCGCUGAGGUUCCGGUCCUUCGUCCCAUACACACUGCCAGGGGUGCUCGCGCUGAUAGGCUGGUGGUGGUACAUCUCGCGCAAAAAAGGACGAAUCGCCAGCCACGACAAGGAGGAGGGGCCGGCGGCCGCAGGGCUGCUGUCCCAACCCAGCGAGGGCAGCAACGGGAUGGUGGAGAGAGGAGCACACUGUAGGACCAGCAGGGGGCGACCCCGAGCCAAGGAGGAGGUGCCCGUGGAAGGAGACGUGACCACAGAGACCCGUGUGCCCUUCACUGCGGCUGCGACGUCACCGCGAACAGAGGGGGCGUCCUCGUUACCCAGCCGCGGUGACACGCCUGCAGAUCCAGGCGCGGGGACCGCCGGGCAGAAGACCACCGACACACUGUCAGAGUCUGCACAGGAGGUCAGCGCCCGCGGAGGACCAGAAGAGGGCGUCGCCAGCAGGACGGCGAGGCAGGUGCCACCCAGAGCGAAAGAAGCCGCUGCCCCCAGCCCCGCCGGUGAGCCCGGGACACCGCCGAGGAGCGAACAGGACCCCGCCACCAAGCAGGGGGAGAGAUCGCCGCCGCCGCCGUCCUCCCAGACGCCCGACGCGCCGAUCGCCCCUGUGGCGGCCCGGCUCUCGGAGGCCGUGCGGCCCGAGCCCGAGGGCGAGGUGGCAGCCGACAAAACUUCAGUGCCUUUUGCAGAGCGCCUGCAGGCGGGCCCGGCUGAGCCUGCCCCCAAGACCGUCCGCCUCCUUCCCCCUUGCCCCCCCCCCUCCCGCAUCCUCACAGCGACCGCGUCUGUGGAAACAGGCCCUGUCCAGCCCACAGAGGAGAACGGCCUGCCGGGGGACGUGGCAGAGAGCUCCGGAAGCACAGGGGAGAUCGAGCGGCUUGCCGCGGGGCUGAUCACAGAGGUUAUCUCAGCCGCCACGCAGCAAGUCCUGACAGCUGGCCGCGAGGAGGAGGAGGACCGGGGCAGGGGGCCGGCCCUCAGCCCGGGGGCGGAGCAGGAGGAGCAGAGGUCCGGUCCCUUGGCGGGGCCCAGCAGCAGCAGCACCCCUUUGGCCAAUGGGAGGCCCUGUGCCCUGCGAGACCAGGCUGAUGAAGACCGCGCACUAACGCCGGAGAAGGUGGAGCACUUGCUGCAGGACACACUGCCCCCGGCGGGGCACGUGGAGGCGGGAACAGGCGAAGUAGGGGCGUUGCCGGCGUCUCAGCUGUCUGACAGCGUGGGGGAUUCCCUCAACGGCUGCCUGGUGCCCCCGGCGUGGGAGUCACCGGAGGAGACCGCUGACAGGAGACGGGCAGCAGAGAAAAGCACGCGCCCCGCACUCUCCAAGACCAGGCCUGAGGCCACGCCCCCGAGUGUGGCCAAGCUCCAGGCAGAAGACGGCGUUGCUGCAGCAGAGGACUCUGGGUGCAGCACGUGCCAGUCAGAGGACGGUGUUAGCAGCGAGGACCUCCUCCACAGCACGGGGCUGUCCUCUUCGGCGCCCGACAGUAGAGAGGACCUCCUCCACGUGUCCGGCAUCUCGCAGGACUUGGACAGACGCGGUGAAGGCCCGGGAAGGCGGAGCCUGGAGGCCGAGGCCAAGGGCCUGAAUGGCGCCGGCAUUGGGAAUGGAAGUCACGUGACCUGUGAGACAGAGGCAGAUCACUCCGGAGGCUCGGAUGUGAACAGCAUGGACUCUGUGGACAGCGGCUGCACGCUGGGGGUGGGGGACAGCCAACGAAGCGCCAGCGGGGGUCAGCCCCCCCCACAGAGCACCGAGCUCAUCAUCUGGGAGAUCGAGGUGCCAAAGCAUCUGGUUGGCCGGUUAAUCGGGAAGCAGGGGAGGUACGUGAGCUUCCUGAAACAGAGCUCGGGUGCGAAGAUCUACAUCUCAACCCUGCCUUACACGCAAGAGUUUCAGAUCUGCCACAUCGAGGGUACGCAGCAGCAGGUGGAUAAAGCUCUGGGCCUCAUUGGGAAGAAGUUCAAAGACUUGGAUCUGACAAACCUGUAUGCCCCGCCUCCUCUCCCACUGACCCUGCCCUCUCUGCCCAUGACAUCCUGGCUGCUCCUCCCUAAUGGGGUGACGGUGGAGGUGAUCGUGGUGAACAUCGUCUCGGCGGGACACGUGUUUGUGCAGCAGCACACGCACCCCACGUACCACGCCCUGCGCAGCCUGGACCAGCAGAUGUUUCUGUGCUACUCUCAGCCUGGCACACCCGCGCUGCCCUCACCCGCCGAAGUGGGGGUGAUCUGUGCUGCUCCAGCAGUAGAAGGCGCUUGGUGGCGAGCUCAGGUCAUCUCCUUCUACAAAGACUCCAACGAGGUGGAGAUCCGAUACGUCGACUACGGUGGCUAUGACCGAGUCAAGAUCGACACUCUUCGGCAGAUACGGUCGGACUUUGUAACAUUACCGUUCCAAGGAGCCGAGGUGUUGUUAGACAACAUCGCCCCCCUUCCAGGAGAGGAGAGGUUCUCAGCCGAGGCGAACUCCGCGCUGGAGGAGCUGACGAGAGGGGUGGCUUUGCUAGCGCAGGUCACCAAUUAUGACAACAACACCGGCCUUCCUCUGGUGCAGAUGUGGAACAUGGUGGGGGAUGAGCUGGUGUCGGUGAACCGCACUCUGGCUGAACGAGGAUUUGGCUCCUGGGUGGACAGCUUCUGAUCCCUGCUGGCUCUGCCCCGUCGCCCUGCCCUGCCCCGCCCCCUCACACUCCUCUCUGCACUGGCCUUUCUGUCUGCACUCUUUUCCCUGGUCGCAACACAUUGGAGCCUGCUAUCUGCUCUGGACACACCUAUCCGUUCCCCCCACACCAAGCACCUGCCACUGGCUUCAAUCUGUGGAGUUUUUUUUCUUGUUUCUCCAGUUUUUUUUUUCCUCUUGGGAGAAGUGGUCU